UUAAAAAUACUUUGCAGCUUGUUGUAUCAGUUGCCUUAUUGUCGAUUUUCCUUUGCCACUCUUCAGGCUUCUCCUUGUUUCCCCAUUCCUUCAAUGUUUACUUCUCCACCUUCCUUUUCUCACUCUUCACCCACACCCUUGAGAGGAAGUACAUGUUCCUCAUCUGCAAUGGAAUCCUAACAUUUCUAGUCAAGAGCUCGGUGUCUACCGGCUCUUCACCGUCAGAGUCUGAUCUUGGCUCCCAGAUAUCGAUAUCGUCGACAAACUUAAUCCACAGGAAAGCUUCAGUUACCGAUGAGGUCGAUGGUGAUCAUUAUGAUCAUGUAUGUACCUCUAGGAGCUGAAGAAGAAGAACCGGAAUACAGAAAUGAAGUUGAAGAGCAAGGAGAACAGGACUUUAGGUAGAGAAGAAGAAGAAGAAGAAGAAGAAGAAGAAGAAGAAGAGGAAGAAGAAAGGGAAAGCGAAGUUGCUGUGAUUGUAGAAGAUGACGGAGGAGAAAGUGGGUGUUUUGUGAAGCAAGAAGAGCAACAAGAAGGUGUAGAAGCAGAAGUUGGAGCAAAUGAAGAGGUAACAAGCACAGAAGACUUAAACAGAAAAUUCGAAGAAUUUAUAAGGAAAAUGAAGGAAGAAAUCAGGAUUGAAGCUCAACAACAACAUCUGAUUGCAGUGUAGUUAAUAUAUAUUUGAAGAAAAAAAAGAUUAUCUGCUACUGUGCUUUGGCCUCUUUGAGCUGGCCAAAAGCUCUCAGCCUCUUAUGUUAUAUGUAGUUACUUAAAUAUUUCUAGGCUUUUGGUGCCCUUCCGAUCCAUGUAGUUUUUCUCUUUAAUGUUACUUUGCCAUGGUUUCAGUUUCUCUUUGUUCUUUUUACUUGAAAUU